AUGCGUUUUUGCCCAAAUCUGUGGGAUUUUCCCCCAACCCCAGAUCACCGAGGGGGUCAAGCCCACCCUGUCCGAGCUGGAGAAGUUCGAGGACCAACCCGAGGGCAUCGACCUGGAGGUGGUGACCGAGAGCACGGAUCCCCCGAGCAGAUCCCCCGAGCAGAUCCCCCGAGCGGAUCCUCCGAGCGGAUCCUCCGAGCGGAUCCCCCAAGCAGAUCCCCAGGGCAGAUCCCCUUGAGCAGAUCCCCCGAGCGGAUCCCCCGAGCAGAUCCCCUGAGCGGAUCCCCAGGGCAGAUCCCCUUGAGCGGAUCCCCCGAGCGGAUCCCCCGAGCAGAUCCCCUGAGCGGAUCCCCUCUCCCCACCCCGCAGAAGGACUGGUUCGCCAAGCGCAAGAAGUUCAAGCGGCCGCCGCAGCGCCUGUUCGAUGCCGAGAAGAUCCGGUCCCUGGGUGGGGACGUGGCCUCCGACGGCGACUUCCUGAUCUUCGAGGGUAACCGCUACAGCCGGAAGGGUUUCCUGUUCAAGAGCUUUGCCAUGUCAGCUGUGAUCACCGAGGGGGUCAAGCCCACCCUGUCCGAGCUGGAGAAGUUCGAGGACCAACCCGAGGGCAUCGACCUGGAGGUGGUGACCGAGAGCACGGGGAAGGAGCGGGAGCACAACCUGCAGCCGGGUGACAACGUGGAGGUGUGCGAGGGGGAGCUCAUCAACCUGCAGGGGAAGAUCCUCAGCGUGGACGGUAACAAGGUCACCAUCCUGCCCAAGCACGAGGACCUCAAGGACAUGCUGGAGUUCCCGGCGCAGGAGCUGAGGAAAUAUUUCCGGAUGGGCGACCACGUGAAGGUGAUCGCCGGGAGGUUCGAGGGUGACACCGGGCUGAUCGUCAGGGUGGAGGAGAACUUUGUCAUCCUCUUCUCGGAUCUGACCAUGCACGAGCUGAAGGUGCUGCCCCGGGAUCUGCAGCUCUGCUCCGAGACGGCCUCGGGGGUGGAUGUUGGGGGGCAGCACGAGUGGGGGGAGCUGGUGCAGCUGGACCCCCAAACCGUGGGGGUGAUCGUGAGGCUGGAGAGGGAAACCUUCCAGGUGCUGAACAUGUACGGGAAGGUGGUGACGGUGCGUCACCAGGCUGUCACCCGGAAGAAGGACAAUCGCUUUGCGGUGGCGCUGGACUCGGAGCAGAACAACAUCCACGUCAAGGACAUCGUCAAAGUCAUCGACGGCCCCCACUCCGGCCGUGAGGGUGAAAUCCGCCACCUGUUCCGGGGCUUCGCCUUCCUGCACUGCAAGAAGCUGGUGGAGAACGGGGGGAUGUUCGUGUGCAAGACGCGGCACCUGGUGCUGGCGGGGGGCUCCAAGCCCCGCGACGUCACCAACUUCGCCAUGUGCGGCUUCGUGCCGAUGUCCCCCCGCAUCAGCAGCCCCAUGCACCCCAGCGGGGGGG